AUGACUACGAUAAUGACAACGACAACGACAAUUGCACCGCAAGAACCAGAGACUGGCGUCAAUAAGCGGAAGCGAGACACUUAUACCCCUACAGCUUGCAACGAGUGCAAAAGGCGCAAAAUAAAAUGCAAUGGCCGGACUCCGUGCGAGAGGUGCAGUCGCCAGUUGCUUGAUUGCCGGUACCGGUCCACUGCGAAUUCGGAUGAGUCUACAAACGUUGACCAGCUUCUGCAAAAAAUCAAUGCCCUACAAAGCCAAGUUUCGAUCCUUUCAGAUCAUGUGACUACUCAGCAUAAAUCACCACCAGUGUCUUCCAUGAAGGAAGAGCGCGCUCCUGUCGCUGUAUCUGAAGACAGGCUCAAUUUACACUCGAACCCAUCGCCCUCGUUUGAGGGCCCAACCACUUCUGCGUUCAAAAUCAAGAUCGCCAGAGAUAGCCUGAAGAAAGAAAACCUUUUGGACGAAUCAGACGAUGGUGAAAUCACGAGACCAGCUAGCCCUUCACCACUACAUCAUCGGCGCGCUUUUGAAUCAGUAAUCGAUCCCAUGUGGACAAUUACCCACCAAGAGGCUACCCGACUGCACAAUGUUUAUGAGGAAGAGAUGGGUAUGAUGUAUCCAAUUGUUCCUCACGAGCAGAUCACAACCCAUAUCAAUCUUCUAUAUUCACGCCCAGGAGAUUUGUUCAGUACGAAAAUAGAAAGUACAAACCACGAGCAUCACGACUCCAGGCUGGAUCUAGAAGAUGUUAUCAUCCUGAAAUUGAUCUUCGCCUGUGCUCUCGCGGCAGAAGAAAAUGGUCACAGCACACUUGGUAUGAAGCUAUUUCAUAGCACCAGAGAUGUGAUCAAUGACUGCGUGUGGGGUGCACCAAGUGUCAAGAGAAUUUGUUCUCUUACUCUUGCGAGUAUCCUUUUCUUCCAGAUAGACGAAGAACGCAAGGCAUGGAGGACGAUUGGCAUUGCAAUCAGAAUGUGUCUAGAAAUGGGACUUCACCAGCGUGAGAUUCUCGAACAAAAGGCAUUGACAGAUGUUCAGAAAGAGCAACUGGUUUGCCUAUUUUGGUCUCUUUAUGUCUUGGACAAUAGGUGGAGUAUUGGGACUGGGUUACCGUCACACUUGGACUCUGAUGAUAUUGAUCCGACUCUGCCUCGUGCUGAAGGAUUCCCCUACCUAACGCUGAUGAUUGAAUACAGUCACCUAUCCGCAAAGGUGUGGAAGCAUAUAUCUAACCCUUGUUGCAGGGGAAGCAACAACAAGAAAAACGAAGUAGAGUACCUUCACUGGCAAAUAUUGCAAUGGGCCGAAUCUAUCCCCGAGUAUCUGAAAUUGCCCGAGGAACAAUUAUCGGUAUCCUGGACCCCGAAUUCCCCUCCGAACCGAGGCGUCCGGCGCCUUCAGUGUUUGCUUUAUCUAAGAACAAACUUGAUGCGCAUGCUGGUAUAUCAACCAGCUCUCUUAAGCGCAUCUGCAAUUUCUCAGGACACAGCCGAAGCCGAUAUGAUGGUUGAGAUCGCGAAAGAGACAAUUCGAUUUAUUUUUCGCCUCAACGAAACCUCAAAUAUCUAUCAACUACAACAGGUUACUUUCAACUACUUUCUUGUCUCUGCUCUUGCAGUCUUACUCCUCGCUAUCGCCCAUGCACCUUUACGGUAUAGUGCGCAGUGCAAAGAGGAGUUUUACCUAGCAUUGGAGCUUGUGAAGAAGUUUUCAGUCAAGUCUUACGUAUCCAAACGCCUGUGGAAGUCUAUCAAAGGACUGCAACGUUACGCACCCAAACCAGGGGCUCAUCGAAGCCAGUACGAGUCCGUCCAUGAUGGCAACGUUCCUGUCCACCGCCAAGUUGCCACUCCAGAGGCGCUUCAGGCUCCGGCUUCUCUAGACAUGUUACCCGAGGACCUGGACAGCAGCGCCGCCCAAAUUGAUCCAAGUGGUUCGCAAAUGACUCAAGACUUUAUGAGUCUAUUUGAAAUGCCGGAAACUCCGUCAUACGGAAUUGCGGGCUCGGACCUGCUGAGCAACGAGGAAUGGAGUUCGUACCCGUCAGAGCAGGCAGGAUACGAAGCUCUACUUUCUUCAACGUUGAAUUCAUGUUUUGGGCCUUCGAUAUCGCUAGUAUAG